UUUUGAUUUAACUCCGAUCUCCCUUCUCCUUCCCUCGUCGCCCCUCUCUGUGACGCCACCUCGACUUCCGCCUCCGAGCUCAAGCAGCUCCGUGAUCAUUCCACGGUAUCAGUGGCGAAUGGUCUCCGAGCACCCAUCUUUUGCUCGAUCUUGUCUCCCGCGAUCCUCUCUGGAUCCAUCGUCGCGUCGCACCGUAAAUGCCGGAAGAUUCUGUUCCGUUAGAGGUGCGAAAGCUAGGGUUUGAUGGGAGUAUCAUUAGGUGCGUCUGAGCUUGAUGGUUGAGAGAAUGGUGAAGCAGUUAAAUCUCCAGGGUGUCAAGAGGGUAUCGCCGCUCUGCAUGCCCUUGCUCGACCCCAAAAGGUGGCUCCGGACCGCCAGGUUUUACCGGAAAAAGAGGGCGGUCUCGCGCUCGGUUUUAUGUGGCGCGAUGCUUUUUAGCCUCGGCCUUGUUUCUCUGUUCACCGGUCAGAUUGCCGCCGACCUCGAGUGGUCACGGAUCCGGGCACGGUGGCGAACCAAAAGGGUCGGAUACAGGGAGCCAAGAAAUAUAUGGAAAUCAGAACUCAGUAAUCUCUAUUAUGGUUGUAGCAAAGGAAGCCCCCAUCUUAGAGCUGCAAUUCAAGAGAGCAAAUCCAAUGGCUACCUACUAAUUGCAACUAGCGGAGGACUAAAUCAACAGAGAACAGGGAUAACAGAUGCUGUUGUUGUAGCCUGGAUUUUGAAUGCCACAUUGGUUGUUCCUGAACUUGAUCAUCAUUCUUUUUGGAAAGAUGAGAGUGAUUUUGUUGAUAUUUUUGAUGUUGACUGGUUCAUUUCCUCCCUUUCAAAAGAUGUCACUAUUAUAAAAAGAAUAUCAGACAAAGUAAUGAGGUCAAUGGAAAAACCUCCAUACACUAUGCGCCCUCCGAGAAAAUCUUCUGCUGAAUAUUAUCUCGAUCAGGUGUUGCCGAUACUCUUGCGGAGACGUGCUGUGCAGUUGACGAAGUUUGAUUACAGGCUAACAAACACACUUGAUGAGGAACUCCAAAAGUUACGCUGUCGUGUAAACUAUCAUGCGCUGAGAUAUACAAAGCCUAUUGUACUACUUGGUCAGAAGCUGGUCAAGAAAAUGCAAGCAAUGAGCUCUCAUUAUAUUGCUGUCCAUUUGAGAUUUGAAGCUGAUAUGCUUGCAUUUUCUGGCUGUUACUAUGGCGGCGGAGAAAAAGAACGCGAUGAACUAGGUGAAAUUAGGAAGCGAUGGGAAACCUUACCUGAUUUGACCAUGGAUGGUGAGCCAAGCAGAGGAAAAUGUCCCCUGACUCCACAUGAAGUAGGUUUAAUGUUAAGGGCUCUUGGCUUUGCAAAUGACACCUAUCUUUAUGUAGCUUCAGGAGAAAUAUAUGGUGGAGAAGAGACAUUGCAACCUCUUAAAGACUUAUUUCCCCAUUUUUAUACAAAGGAAAUGCUUGCGGGAGAAGAUUUGCAGCCCUUCCUUCCAUUUUCUUCUCGUCUUGCUGCUAUUGACUAUAUUGUUUGCGAUGAAAGUGAUGUGCUUGCCACAAAUAACAAUGGAAAUAUGGCUAAAAUCCUCGCUGGUCACCGGAGGUAUGUAGGACACAAGAGAACCAUACGGCCGAAUACCAAGAAAUUAAGCUCUUUAUUUAAAGCACGGAAUGAGAUGGGGUGGGAGUUGUUCUCCAAGAAGGUGAAGUUAGCCCAGAGAGGAUUCAUGGGGGAGCCAGACGAGAUGAGGCCAGGACGCGGCGACUUCCAUGAGUUUCCAACUUCAUGUAUUUGUCAGAAACCUGAUAAGCUCGAACUAGCUGGGUUCCGAGAGAAACCUGGAAUCAACAAAACUUUGCGAAAAACAACAGUGUUUGAUGUGGAUAAAAGUGGAGCCAAACAUCAGGGUAUCUUAAACCACAUCAAGUAUCCCCAUAUUCUCAUCCCAUGAAUUGACAGUUCCAGUAGCCAUCUUGUUUCUUGUCGAUGGCAUCCUCCUGGCUGAACCAGUGCUAGAGAGUAUGAAACUAUUUAUUUUGGGUAAUGCUGGCAAAAUACUUGUCCAUGCUCAAGCUAUUAGUCGAGUGGAUGAAUGAGUCAUUUUAGCGUUAAUGAUAUUGUAACCAACCCAUGAUGGUAGGCAAUUGUUGCGCCGUCAGUAGCUGUCUACUGCAUCAAAGCGAUGUGUAGGUUAGCGUCUUUUCUUGUAAGUUCUGACGACUGUAAAUUAUUCAAUUUUGUUCAGUUUAAAUUCGACCGCUUUUUGUUGUCUGCUUUCUGCUAA